GGUUAGAACUAAGUUUCUAAAAUUUCUUUUUGAGUAUGAAAAAUUUUAAAAAUUCAUUAAUAUUAUGUGACACUUCAUGCUCUCUCUCGUUGCUGACGGCACAGGUUAGUUAAACCUCCGCCGAUGGUGUCACCAUGGCAAGAGGGCGAAGACAAGGAAAAGGACGGCUAAGAAAGGAGAAUAUUAUCUCAUUCGAAAGUGCUAUUGGGGCAGGACUGAAACCCGAAGCAAAGGCGGUGGUAACUCCUGUUACUACACCUAGUCAUGAAACCCUAAAUGGUAAUGUUAUAUCCACUUCGGCUUUGAAUACAACUGGAGUGGUGAAACAACUGCAAUUGAGUACGGGGGUCACUACUAUCAGGAUAGAUCCAGGUAUAGUAGUUGUGCGAGGUGAGGAGGCGACGCAAAUCAAUGAAGCAAUAACCAUUCCCCUGCCUACUACUAAAGAGAAAGAGAAGGAAUGGCAACAAAGAAAAGCAAAAGGGCACAUGAAGAAUGUAUGGAUACAUCUGAAGAACCUCAAACCACAGUUUAAGAAGCUCAAUCAAACAGAAUACAAAGCAGUUACCCAAAGAAUCAUGCAAGCAAGGGAUAAUUUAGCUAAUAUUCAGAAACAAUUGCUUAUACAAAGUACUGAUAACUUACAAGAUUAGGAGAGAAGCAUGCUAGAGUAUCUUGAAAAGUAGUCAGGUAUUGAGGAGAGUAUACUAAAUCAAAAAUCCAAAGCCAAAUGGAUUAAGCUUGGGGAUGCUAACUCAAGUUAUUUCUCAGCUAUCUUAAAGGAGAGGAACCAUAAAAAAACAAAUGAAUGAGCUUACAUCUUUAACUGGAUCCAAACUACUUGCCCAGGAAGACAUUAAGCAGGCAGUGGCACAAUUAUACUAGAGUCUAAUGGGAUCAUCCACAAGCAGUCUUAGAGCAGUGAACAAGCUAGUAAUGAGUACAAGGCCUAUUCUUUCUCAACAACAACAAUUGAAAUUAUGUGUCAUAGUGACAGAAUUAGAAAUCAUUACCAGCUUGAAGGCUAUUGAAGAGGACAAAGCUCCUAGUAUAGAUGGUUAUAAUGUGUCUUUCUUCAAGAAGGCAUGACAUAUUAUAAAAGAGGAUAUCAUAGUAGCUAUCAAAAAUUUCUUCACCAUCGGUAAGAUGUAUCAAAGUAUCAAUUGUACUGCAAUCACUCUUGUACCUAAGGUGACCAAUCCAAUGAAUAUUAAAGAGUAAAGGCUAAUAGCUUGUUGUACAGUAUUGUAUAAGAUUAUUGGAAAGAUUCUGGCUAUUAGAAUGCAACAGAUUAUCCCCACCAUAAUCAAUCCCACACUGGCUGAUUUUGUACCAAGUAGAAGAAUAUGAGAUAAUUAUUAUCAUGGCCCAUGAGUUAGUGCAAUCCUAAUUAGGAAGAAUGUCUCACCAAGGUGCAUGAUCAAGAUUGACAUACAAAAGACUUUUGAUAGUGUGGAGUGGCUCUAUUUGGAGCGGGUGAUGAAGGAACUAAGUUUUCCUUGCAAGUUCACUAUUUAGGUUAUGGAAUGUGUAAAAACUAUAAACAACUUCAUUCUAGUAAAUGGGAAACCAACAAAACCAUUCCCUGCUGCAAAUGUGCUAAAAAUAGAGCCAUGAUUGAUUGCUAAAAAAGAUGACCUAUUGUUAUUCUCUAGGGGAGAUUACCUUUCUAUAUAGGCUAUGAUUGAUUGCUUCCAAUCUUUUUUAAGUGCCUCAGGAAUACAAGCCAAUAUGAAAAAAAGUUGUAUUUAUUUUGGAGGGGUAUCACCACAGGAGCAGGCUAGGAUUCUAUAGACUACCAACUUCACAUGUGGUGACCUUCCUUUCAAAUACCUUAGUGUCCCUCUAUCCACUGAUAAAAAAGAUGUUAGCUAAGAAUUCCUCCAGGACCUCAAAGAAAUUAUCAUAUGCUGGCAGAACACAACUAGUCCAAUCAGUAUUAUUCGGUACUCAAGCAUACUGAGCCCAACUAUUUGUUCUCCCUGCCAAGGUUAUCAAAUUAAUUAAUACCUACUGUAGAAGUUAUCUAUGGUCUGCAAGCAAUACCAUCACUAAGAAAGCUUUGGUAGCAUGGUCUAAAGUUUGCUCCCCUCUUUGCUUCGAUGGACUCAACUUGACCAAUGUCAAUAUAUGCAACAAAACAGCUAUUGCUAAAACUUAUUUCUCACUGGCAAAGAAAGAAGACAGAUUGUUGGAUGAUAAAGAAUAUAUUUCAAGCUAGAAAAACCUUUAUUCAAUUUCAGCCCUAUGAAUUGUGUGUAUAUUGCUUGACCAGGCAACUAUACAUGUAUAUGCUGUGCCCAGAAUCUUGAGUUAUAUGAAAGAAUUUGAUGUAUAAAAAUGCAGCCAGACAAAGAGCUAGAAUUACACUAUGGUUGCAACUGCAAAACAAGUUAUUAACUACAGAUAGGCUUAUACAGUAUGAAAAAUCAGUUUCUCCUAUAUGCCCACUAUGCACUCAUCUUAAUGAGUCUAGGAACCAUAUAUUUGUAUCAUGUGUGUAUGGAAGAAGACUUUGGAAAUAUUGCAACUAUGGAUUUGCCAAACCAAUGCACUCUACGGCAUGGGACCACCAUCUUCAAGAGGUACUAAUGCAUGUGAAAGGAAGGACACAAGCUGCUCAAAUAUUCAAAAUGAUAUACAUUGAGUUUGUGCAUUGUCUGUAGAUAGGACAAAACAUGAGAAUUUUCGAAAAUAAGAGAAGAGAGCCAAAGUCAUUGUUAAGAAUAUUGCAUUUGUCUGCAGUGUUAGAGCCCCUACCAGAAUUAGAUCUCUCAUUUGUAAUUUCAAGUUAGAUUAGACUGUGUAUGGAGCUGUGCUAAAUUUGGAUAGCUUACAGUGUUAGUCUGCUAUGGUGCUUGUAAAUGUUUUUCAUUGGUGAUUAAUGAAAAUGAUAGUUAUCA